UUUUAACAAGCAAAUAUGAUGUUUAAGCCGUGUUUUGACGAAAAUAAACAAAUCACUUACUCCAACCGAGUACGCGUCGGUAAUUGGUUUGAAGCUUCAAAGUUAGAGGAGCAUAAAUUAAACUUGUUUCUCGAUCAAAUGAAAAAAGGUGGUUUGAUGUUGGCGCGUUUUCGCAAGAUGUCAAAGAAUUUGUUGAAGCCUGCUGAUUUGACACAAUCUACUGGCAGUUUCAACUUUGGAUCGAAAAUCUGUCUGUUGGCACCUUACGUCUCUGGGCUACGUCCAUCACAACCAGAUAAUAAGGGCCUUCUUCUCGGAGGCCGCAUAUCGUCUAACGAUAUUGACUAUUCCCAAGAAUUAGAAGAUGGGUGUACUAUAGCAGCAUUUCCCGACAAAACCCCUUACGCGAGAAGCACCUUCGUUGUCACUAGCUCUGAUUAUUGCAAUAGAGAAAAAGAAUAUUUAAAAUACAACCAAGAAUUUCUUUUAACGCUCUCCUCGUCUAUUGAAAGAAAAAAGCCGUUGUACAUUCGCUACGACCCAAACCCUAUCCCUGGUUUGAUUGGAACGUACCCUCUUUACCUGAGCGAGCAUCCCGUAAGCAAUACUAGAUGGCGUGUCCUACCUAAACAGAGACCCGACCUUACCAGAUUUGAACAAGAAGGAGAACCCGUACAUGUAAACACAGAUGUAAUAAUAAACCACUGCGCGACGAAUGUCAAUUUAGGCAUUAACACAUGUUUCUCGGCGUCGGGAUUCUAUGGAAAGAUGUCUGCACCCCUUGUGAAAACCUGCCUCGACGUGUACGGACGGGAGCUUCCCAAUAAUAUUUGGCAUUUCUAUGUACCGUUAGCCACCACAUAGAUAUCUACUUUAUUAAUGGUUCUAUUUGUUUUAUUUUAAUAAUACUUACUGACGUAAGGAGGUUAUGUGUUUCUAAGUACUUACAACAGCUUUGAUUUGUAAUCGUUACUGCCUAGCCUCUAUUAACGAGCCUUAGAAUUUGAAGUCUCAAAACAUGUGCGCCGUUGCGUCGGUCUUAAUUAUCGUGGAAAAUAAAUGAUACAACAGAAGACGAUGAGAAUUCUCGCAGACAGUAGGUACGUUCGUUAUUGUCUCGUUAUUAUACGAUAGCAGCCUUCCAACUUAUUGCGUCUGCCGAGAACAUGAAUAAGUCAUACCCUUCGUUAUAAGAAUUGCUCUAAAAUAUCAUGAAUAUCCCAGAAUGGUUUUGACGGAAAUCCAAUUUUUUGCCGCCAUAUAAUAUGCAAGGUAGAAGUUAUAAAAACUUCACCGGCAUCGCAGACAGGUGAGAAUUUCGGAUAAGUAGGUGGAUGAGAUGCUAUGCUGUACUGUACAUCCAUAUCUCAAUGGAUUCCGGUUGCAAAUUGAUUUUCGUAUCCAUUUACAGUGAAGUCCCGUAACUUUAUAAAUUGACAAAAUUAUUCUAAAAGAGACUUCUGCCUCCCAGCUUCUGCGAGUAGAUAAACUCAGGAAAUUGCUUUUUAAGUUUACCAGACAGUACAAUUAAAGUGGGUGUAUCAAGCACUACCACUAAGGAGCGUUUCCUAUUGAAUUGCGUUCCAUUACGAACGAGAGUUCGUUAAAGUUUUCAUAAAAUAUCGUCUCCUGGACGAGUGUCGCGUCGUGUUUUCUAUACGUUUUCUAUUCAUUGUAAAUUGUAAAGCUCGUCCCAUUUGGGCAGAGUGCCUGGCAGAUUUGCAACUUCUUCCACGCCCUA